AUGAACUUAAAGUGAAAGAACGUUAGACGGUCGUUCACGCUUGACAGGGGGUAAUUUAGAUGUCAGCUAGGAUCCUGUGAAGGAACAGUACAGACGAAAGCGACUCAGUAAACAGCCAUGGAUGACGACCCGUUUCGAGCCCUGUUUGGAUCGCUGAAGGACCCGCGACUCGAAGAGAUACGUAAAGCUGUAGCUGAAGUUGAUGCUGAAAACGGUAAAGAUGAUCCUGAAGAGAUGGAGAUUAACGACGAUUACGAUGAUGCUGAUGAUGACGACGAUCAAAACGAAGUGUCGCUUGAUGUCGUCGAUGAGACUGAAGCGAUUAGCAGAGUAAUACAGAAGCUGCCCGACGCUUUGAACCAGAAAGCUCGACGAAUCGCACGUCGACGUCCAGGGGCAAGGUUACCCCUGGAGGAUGACUUCGUCGGAUUAGACUCAUCAUCGUCAGAGAGCGAAGAUUAUCGAGAUGAUGAUAAGGAUAAAGAUUAUGAAGUAGGAGCUGCAGAAUUGCGAAGACUUGCCAGGGAAAGGCGAACUCAGCGAGAGCUCGAAAGGGACUCACACGCUAGCGGUGAGGAACAACCGGACGGUCCUUCGCAGAGUCGAUCUGAUGACCCCUUGGGCUCGACUAUUCCACACGACGCUUAUGAGAUUACUAGAAAUUUCCUUGAAGGGACAAUAAGUUUUACUGAUUUCGCCGAACAAAUGGACGUCGAAGAUGACGAAGGUGAGAAUUCUGGUGCCGAUUCGGACGUUGAAGCUGACAAUGAACCGGCGACGAGUACGCGAAAAACGACUGAAACCAAGAAACCGACACCGACCAGAGGCCCAAGAAUUCGUCGUUUCAAGAAACUGCCACGUGACUUACAAGGCUCUCUGGGUCAAGCGUCGCUGCAUUUGGCAGCUGGAUGUCUAGAUAAAGCUAUUGAGAAAUGUAUGGAGGUUAUUCGUAUAGCCCCUGAUGCGGCCGAUGCAUAUAAGACUCUCGGAACGAUUUACAUGCAACAAGGUGAUGACCUAAAAGCACUGCAAGUAUCAAUGAUUGGGGCAUAUCUUCGUCCAAAAGAUGCCCAAGAGUGGCACCGUUUAGCGACUUGGAGCAUCGACCUUGGCGACCGUGAACAAGCCCUCCUCUGCCUUAAAAAGGCAGUAAAAGCAGAUCCUGACAACGCUGAGUUCUAUUUGGAUAUUGUGACUCUGGCCAGCGAACUAGGCAACCAUUUAGACUGUUUUCGCUAUGGAGCUGCGGUUAUUCCCCGAUUUUCGGAAAACCAGGCGCAAAUGUGCAUUCAGCUAUCUAGAACUAUUGCGCAAAUUCAGUACAAGUAUGGAAAGCCAAAAAAAGGGGCUGAGGUGCUAGAAUUGGCCUUUCAACGUUUUCCGCAGUCGAUCUCUUCCGAGGACGUCCACAUGCUUCUCGAAAUUCAAGUGGAAGCAAAACAGUUUUCGAAGGCGAUGCGCGUUCUGGUAUCGCACUGUGGGGUUGAAUUAACACCGAUACCGGAAGAGUUCAGUGACGAAAAUACUCCGACGGAUACGAAAAUUUCCUUGUUGAAUUGCAAGUCUGUGCGCCUGGUUGAGCUGCCGCUGGAUAUAUUGGCUAAGGCCGUCAUCUGCAUGGCCCAUUUGGGAGGUGUCCAUUUGGCUAAGGAGAUAAUGGGCCCUAUAGCCCGCGACGGAGAUAUCGAAGUUAUGGGAGAUCUCGUAUUUGAUAUGGCGGAAGCGUUCGAACAAAGCGGAGAAGUAGGUGUUGCUCGCGAGCUCUGCGAUCUCUUGCUCCGCUCACAACGGUUUAACAUUGCAGGAGUUUGGUGGCUUCUUGCGCAGUGUCUUGUGAAGGAUCCAGAACAGACCGAAAAUGCUAUUCAGGCGUAUGAAAAAGUGCUGGAGAUGGCUCCAGACCAUGCUGAUGCUCGUCUCAUGUUUUCGAAGUUCCUUGAAAGUAUAGGCCGUAAACGUCAGGCUAGCGAAGUUCUUCGUGAGACGCGCGAUCUGAAACUUGUCAAACGGAGAUUUGAUUUAGCUCUGGCAGGGGAAGAUAUGGAUGAGUUCUGUGGGAGUUUGUUUCGGCUACUUUCUUUGGCAACGGUUUAUCUGCCUGAAGACCUGAAGUUGCCGAUGCUGUGUGAAUGGACACAGGCAAAAGGCCGAAUAGACUUCAUCAAAGCAGAGCUUGCAAAGAGAGGCAUACCAAAUGACUUUCCUUCAUAUCGGCCGAACAGAACGGAGUUUCACGCACAUAUAAAAAAGGCACUGGCUUAUUUGCUCCGGGAAGGAAAACUCGAACUUUAUUUGGAUAUCUGCUCUCGAGCCUCAAUUAUCUACGCUCUCCAUGACUCGCUGCAGGACAGUUACCUACUACACCUGAUUACGUUAGUUGGAGCAAUGCGCCUACGGCUUGACGAAGUCUGCUUUCAGGCCUUGCGGACUCUCUGUCGAAGUAAUCCAUUGAGUCGGAGAUUAUGGAAUAUAUUCAAUAUUCUCGUCAAUCGGACACUUAUUGUCAGACAUAAUAAGUUUAUUCUUAGAUUACUUCGUAUGAAUCCUGACUCCCUCGAACUUUGCCUCUUCAACGGACAUAACGCUCUGACAUUGGGUUCGCACCGGCAUGCACUAGCCGAGUACUUUUUCCUCCUCGAGCGAGGAGACUGCCCAGCUGAGGUUAUUCCCCUUGUGACGCUCUGCAUAGCCAUCGCCUACCUGCAGAUAGCUCUGCAAAAAACUUGUGCUAAUCGUUAUGGCCUCCUUUGUCAUGCGAUUACGUUUUGCGCUGAAUACGUGAGACAACGUGGCGAAGGCUCCCAGGAGACACUAUACAACACAGCCCGACUCGCGCACCAGUGCGGCAUGCUUAACAUUGCAUUACACUUCUACCAGAAAGCGCUUAAGGCGCCUCCUGUACCUUCUAUAGACGGAAUGCUUGAUCUCAGAAUGGAGAUUGCUUAUAACAUUUCAAGGAUCUACUUACAUUCAGGAAACCAACAACUUGCUCGAUAUUAUGUUCAUCAAUACCUUGUCGUGUAAAUAUAAUUAAUAAACACUAGAUGAACGCGUUACCUAAGGGAAAAAGUGCUUUCAACGCUUUGGAUGUAUCACGCCCGAUUUGCCAGCCCUAUUUGCGGGCGUUCACUAAUGUAUUUACUGUAUAUCUAGCUAGUGACCUACCACGUGU